CCCGGGUCGACUGCCGUUCUCGCGCAAAGCAAAGCCAGGAAACACGGUGGGAGAGCUAGUCGCCAUACCCAAUCGGAACAAAGACGCAGCUGCCUACACAGACACAGUAGCCCGAGAUAACCAAUCCAGCCCCACUGUCGCUAGCAAUUUCUCCGGCCACCGUUGCCGACGACCUAUCCCGCGGAAAUCGUCGAUCCGGAAUUCCACCAUUCAGAAAGUAGAGUCACGGCUGGAUCACCCUCGUUCUUGAAUUUCGUGUAGGAUACUAACCUUUCUCGUUUUCCCCUCUCCAAUUUCUUGCAGGAAGCAACCGUCCCAAAACGGGUCCAGUUGGAAACUCGUUUCCCCCUCAUGUCAGGGCCGAAUGAGGACAUUACAUCUUCUCAUACACAGCUGUCGUCCCAGUUGUUUGGGAACCUACUGGAUUCCAUGAUAGCAGAUGUGGCAUCUGAGUGUCACAGGAUAGCAAAGCUAGGGCUUGACCGCAACUUGGAGGAAGAGGAAGAAGAGCUGAAGUUGUCAGCUGAAGCCCGGGCGAGUGUGGCUGAUGCUGCUGCCGAAACGAAUGGCAAGUAUGUGAUGGAUAUCUUCGGGCAGACGCAUCCACCUAUUGCCAAUGAUUUAUUCGAGUGCAUCAACUGUGGGCGAUCUGUUGCUGCCGGAAGGUUUGCUCCUCAUUUAGAGAAGUGCAUGGGAAAGGGUAGGAAGGCGCGCAAGGCAACAAGAAAUAGCACAGCAGGACAGAACCGGUAUUCACGAGGCAGCCCUGCUUCAACCUAUUCUCCUUAUUCAAACUCCGCCGCCACCACCGCCACUUCCAACAGGGUACCAAAUGGGACGACUGGUGUUGCUGGUGAAGGUUACUCCAAUGGUGCAUUUGAGGAGAAAUGAAGCUAUAUAAUUUGGCCCUGUCAGGGCAACCUUCAGUCACAAGGAACUAACUAACUCAAUCAAGUCAGGUGCAACUCUAUUUUGUCUUGUAUCUUGUUCAUGAAACAUACGAACGAGGGUAGCUUUAUGAACUGAUUCAGCAUGUUCCAACCCUCAUCUAUGUUAUUCUUAACUCUGAUAUGAUGGAGGAAUGGAUUUGAAAGAGAACGAAAGUUUAUUGUACAGCUGAAAUUUGUUUGUGAAGCAUGAUUUUCCCUCACAUUGAAUGCUGA